GGGUCCAGGAGGGCGUGAGGAUCACUCUGGACUGUGCCCAGGCCACCUUCAUUUCCUAUGACAAGAUGGUCAUCUCACUCAAGGGGGGGGAGAUCUACGUGCUGACGCUGAUCACGGACGGGAUGCGCUCCGUGCGCUCCUUCCACUUCGACAAAGCGGCCGCCUCCGUCCUCACCACCUGUAUGGUCCCUCUGGAGCCGGGUUAUCUGUUCCUGGGGUCCCGCCUGGGCAACUCCCUCCUGCUCAGGUACACGGAGAAGCUGCAGGAGCCCCCGGCCGGGGCGGGCAAGGAGGGGCCCGACAGACAGGAGGAGCCCCCGGUGAAGAAGAAACGCUCGGAGCCAUCGGGGCCGUGGGCAGGGGGGAAGCCGCAGGCGCAGGACGAGGUGGACGAGAUCGAGGUGUACGGCAGCGAGGCGGCCUCGGGGACACAGCUGGCCACCUACUCCUUUGAGGUGUGUGACAGCAUCCUCAACAUCGGGCCCUGCGCCAACGCCGCCAUGGGGGAGCCGGCCUUCCUCUCCGAGGAGGUGAGACCCCAAAAUGGACCCAAAAUGACCCAGCUGCACUUUGUCCCCGUGGACCUGGGCUCGCCCAUCGUGCACUGCGCCGUGGCCGAUCCCUUCGGGGUGCUGCUCAGCGCCGACGGCCACCUGGCCACCUUCACCCUCAAGGGGGACACCUACGGCGGCCGCGCCCCGCGCCUGGCGCUGCUGCGGCCCCCGGUGGCACACUCCUCGCGGGUGACGGCGCUCUGCCUGUACCGGGACCUUUCCGGAAUGUCCCCAGUGUCCCCAUUGGAGCCCCCGCCCCGCCCCCACGCCGAGGCCGAGACCCUCAUCCAGGACCUCAGCGGCUCGGUGGACGACGAGGAGGAGAUGCUCGGCUCGGUGGACGACGAGGAGGAGAUGCUCGGCUCGGUGGAUGACGAGGAGGAGAUGCUGUACGGGGACUCGGGGGGCUCGGGCCGCUCGCCGCCCCGGGAGGAGCCGCGGCGGGCGGGACCCCCCGAGCGCGAGCCGGCCCCGCUCCGGCCCGAGCCCUCGCACUGGUGCGUGCUGGCCCGGGAGAACGGCCACAUGGAGAUCUACCAGGUUCCCGAGUGGCGCCUGGUGUUCCUGGUGAAGAACUUCCCGGUGGGGCAGCGGGUGCUGGUGGAUUCCUCCUUCGGGCAGCCGGCGGCCGAGCCCCGCAAGGACGAGCGCGGCGAGCGGGAGCUGCCGCACGUGCGGGAGCUGCUGCUGGUGGGGCUGGGCCGCGCCCAGAGCCGCCCCUUCCUGCUGGAUCUGGGGGGAUUUUCGGGGCUCCCCGGCAGGAUCUGGGGGUCCCUCAGCCCCGCCUCCGCCCAGGUGCCGCACGGGAUCAAUUUUCGGGAGAAGAAGCCGAGGCCGUCGCGGAAGAAGCCGGAGGGGCCGGCGGCCGGGGGGGCUCCGGGCGGGACCCCCGAGGAGCCAGGGGGGCCCCGGGGCCGCGUGGCGCGCUUCCGCCCCUUCCACGACAUCUACGGCUACUCGGGGGUGUUCAUCUGCGGCCCCUCCCCGCACUGGGUGCUGCUGACGGGCCGGGGGGCGCUGCGCCUGCACCCCAUGGGCAUCGACGGCCCCGUGGAGUCCUUCGCACCUUUCCACAACGUCAACUGCCCCAAGGGCUUCCUGUACUUCAACCGACAGGGCGAGCUGAGGAUCAGCGUGCUCCCCGCCUACCUGUCCUACGACGCGCCCUGGCCGGUGAGGAAGAUCCCCCUGCGCUGCACCGCCCACUACGUCGCCUACCACGUGGAGUCCAAGGUGUACGCGGUGGCCACCAGCUCCCCCCACCCCUGCACGCGCAUCCCCCGCAUGACGGGCGAGGAGAAGGAGUUCGAGAGCAUCGAGAGAGCAGUGUCGGACCGAGACCGGAACCUGCUGGUCUACAUGUACCUGCCUGAAGCCAAGGAGUCCUUCGGGGGGCUGCGGCUGCUGCGCCGCGCCGACUUCCACGUGGGGGCGCACGUGAACACGUUCUGGCGCACGCCGUGCCGCGGGCACGCCGAGGGGCCCAACCGGCGCUCCAGCACCUGGGAGAACAAGCACAUCACCUGGUUCGCGACGCUGGACGGGGGCCUGGGGCUGCUGCUGCCGAUGCAGGAGAAAACCUACCGCAGGCUGCUGAUGCUGCAGAACGCGCUCAGCUCCGCCCUGCCGCACCUGGCCGGCCUCAACCCGCGGGCCUUCAGGCUGCUGCAGUCGGAGCGGCGCCUGCUGCAGAACGCCGUGCGGAACGUUCUGGACGGGGAGCUGCUGGCCAGGUUCCUCUACCUGAGCGCCAUGGAGCGCGGCGAGCUGGCCAAGAAGAUCGGCACCACACCUGACAUCAUCCUGGACGACCUCCUGGAGAUCGACCGAGUCACCGCCCACUUCUGAGGGACCCAAAAUCCCCCAAAAUCACCC